GGCAUAAGAGCGCACGCUACCGAGUGAGUGUAAAAAAAGAUAUACUACUAUCCCGACGUAGAACGUACGUCCGCCGCUAACCCCGCCUUGCCUUGUUGCGUUGAACUGACGCUCGGUUUAGUGUUAUCAUCGUGCCGACACCGGGAGCCGUACGUGUUGGUUGGCCGCUUCGGGCACAGAUGCGAGUCCUGGCAGGACUAUGACGGGCGCCGCUCGCGUCGGUCACACGGUCGCCCGUAUUAUAAAGGUUCCACACCCACGCGCAACCCAGCCCAUCAAACGCAACCAACCCCCUCGAUCGCACGCAGAUCUCGGCGCCCCGAUACACACACGCGGACGUGUCGUGUUACUGGAGUAAGCUUAGCAAUGGCGCACGACGCAUCGGCGGCGACGACGGCGCAGAAGCGCAAGUACACCGAGGAGGAGGAGACAGCCGGCCUGUGCGCCAACGGCUGCGGCUUCUUCGGCGCCGCCGCCACCGGCAACAUGUGCUCCAAGUGCUACCGCGACCACGUCCACGCCGCCACCGCCGACACCGCGGCCGCGGGGAGCGUCUGCUUCAUCGGCCCUGCUGGUUCGACCGCGCCGCCUCCGGCGAAGAAGGCCAGGAUGACCGUUGCCGUCCCGUCCUAUGACGGUGCGGCCGCCUCCUCCAGCCCCGCCGCAGUUGACCCCGCCGUGACGCCCGUGAAGCAGCCGGCGGUGGCGGCGAACCGGUGCGCGGCGUGCCGCAAGAAGGUGGGGCUGCUGGGGUUCCGAUGCCGCUGCGAGGGCACCUUCUGCAGCGUGCACCGCUACUCGGAGAAGCACGACCGUGGAUUCGACUACAAGGCCGCCGGCCAGGAGCAGAUCGCCAAGCACAACCCGCUCGUGGUUGCGGACAAGAUGACCGGAAGGAUCUGAAGCCCACAAGAAACCACCAGAUCAACGGCGAACCGAUCAAGCAGUUAGUCAUGGCGUCUUCGAGGAUAGAAUCGAUCAAUCUUCUUUGUAUUUGCUAGGUCUUCGAACGUGUAAAUAUUAGUUUAGGCUUCCAAGAUAUCGAAAUUUUGUAAAUAUUAGUUCAGAGUUUAGAUUUCGAUCAGAGAUAUAGGAAUUUGUACCGUGAGUCUUAAAACAUUAGUUCAUCACGAUUUAUACAUAAAGCAAACCAUCACGUCUAUGCAACAAGUUUCAGUGUA